AUGGUUUCUAGAGACUUCAUACAUCAUAAUACAGACCGUGACACAGAAGCUCCACAGACCAUCAGUGACCGUGAUAGACGAAUUUCAGAAAAGAAGUUUCAUCAGAUAUUGUCCAAAGAAAAAAUACGUGCUGUUUGUAAUAAUGAAAAUCAUCUUUUAGUUAAACUAACAGAAGAUGUUGCAUUAUGCAAUAGUACAAAUUUUAAAUUUAACAUAUCAAUAGCAAGUCGAUCAACAAAAGAUCUCACACGUCAAUCAGCUAAAUUUAUGUGGUACCAAUAUCUGGUGGAAAUUCUUGUUGCUGUGCCCGAAAUAUCAAAAGCCAAAGAUGAUCUACUUGAAUUUUGUCGUUCGAACUAUGCUGAAAAUCGAACUGAACUGGAUAAAAUACUCGAAUUUGAAAAGACUUAUAAUUCAGAAUUUGCUAUUAAAUGGUAUACGCGUGAUUCAUUUUUAUAUCGUCUUAUUAACAAAGUCUUACGGCAAGAAGAUGUUGAUGAUAUGUAUAAAAUUCGUCUUAUUUUAUCCGAUAUUCACACACAACUUGUUGAAUUACAUGGAGAUUUUUUGAGCAGAUUACUUGAAUUGAAUUUCUUUCCAUAUUGCCUUACUACUUAUCGAGGUCAAUUCAUGUCUGCACGAGAAUUAGAUCAAUUGAAAGGAAAUAUCGGUCGUUUUAUUUCAACAAAUAGUUUUCUUUCAACAACGUCUGAUAGAGAUCUUUCAUUGAUAUUCAGCGGGCAAGGACAACAACGACCUCAAUUAGAAUCAACUUUGUUUGAAAUAACGAUUGAAACAAAUGCAUGUGAAACAGCAUUUGCUGAUAUUGGACAUAUCAGUUGGAUGCAAAGCGAAAACGAAAUUUUGAUAACACUUGGCGCUAUUUUUCAUAUCGACUCAGUAAAUGAAGAUGAUAAUGUAUGGAUUAUAAAAUUGACCCUAUGUAAUCAGAAGAGUGAAGGCAUCGAACAAUUGACCGAUUAUUUUCCUGAUAUAAAAGAUGAUGCACCUGAUUUAUUUACAUUUGUAAAGUUCUUGUCUAGUACAGGCGAUUAUGUAAGAGCAACAGAAGUUUGUCGUCGACUUAUUUCUUCUACUUCACCUACUGAUACACGAAUGCCAAUGCUUUGGAAUCUUUUAGCUAAAUGUCUCUGUUAUCAAGGAUAUCAAAAUUUACCAGAAAUUAUGAAUUAUUAUAAUCAAGGUUUAGAACUCAUUCCAACCGAAGCAUCUUCUUAUCCAAUGCAUAUAGACAUGUUAAUUCGAGUAGCGGAUUCUCUUGUAAACAAGCUAAAGUACAAAGAAGUCAUGCCAAUAGUGAAUCAAAUAGAAACAUUGAUCAAGCAAGAUAUAGAAGAACGUGGAUUUCAAAAUGAACAUAUUAUGCAGAUAGGUCAUGUUACUAUGAUUGCUGGAAUGGUUUGUGAUAUAAUCGGAGACUAUUCAAAUGCUUGUGAACAUUUUCAGUUUGUUGAAAACCUUUAUUUUAAGUAUUUACCUGUUGAAUAUGAAAGAUUAGGUGACAUUCUUUUUCAUAAGAGUCUUGCACAAUCUGGUAGUAAAGGAGAUACUAUAGAAUCAUUGGAAGCAAUGCAACAAGCAUUGAAACUUCAUAUAGCUUCCUUGCCUCCAAACCAUCCGGCAAUUGCCGCUGAUUAUAACAUAAUUGCAUGGAUUUAUUUGCGUCAUUAUGAUAUAGCAAAUGCUCAAAAAGCUUUAGAAAAAUCCAUUGAAGUUCAAUUAAAUGCUGCCUUUCAAAGCCCGAUUCAUCUUGGUAAUACAUACAUGGGUCUUGGAAGUUUAUUACCUGGUGACGAUGGAAUGUCCUAUUUAGAUAAAGCGCAUGAACUUUUUAAAUUACAUUUACUGCCGAAUGAUCGCCAAUUUAUUCAACUCUAUAUCUCUAUGGCAGAGAAUCGUAUGGAAAAGAACGAGAUAGAACAGGCACGAGUUUAUUUAACUGGUUUAUGA